CAUACAAAAAAUGCUUUCUUUACACUUUUACUUACUUUACUUACUUUUUGGUUAUUUUAGAAAAUACACUGCCCUCUUAAAUCUUUAAAUUCCAUAUUUGCUUACACGUGGAGAAAUCCUAAAUUUGACAGGCCUGAGGUUGCUUUUCGGGAUAGGGAUGCUUGUGUCUCCAACAAAACAGUGAAACUGUUGAAUAUGUGAAACAUACAUGUAUCUACUGUAUAUGUUUUCAUGAGGAACAGAAACAGAAAUGGGUGUGCUCAGAAACACACUUGCAAACACAUACAGUUGAUAUGUGUUUGUAUGUGUAAAGAGUCAUACCUUCACUAUACUAGGAAUAAUAAAACCAUAAUAAAACCCACUCCAUCCAAUAGUGUAUAAUGUUAAUAAUAAUAAUGUUGGGAUUUGACAAUACAGUUUGCCUACUACUGUAUGUCAUGAAAAAUUCCGUCAGAUACACAUUGAGGGGGGUAUGUCUGGCAGGUAUGGGGUCGGGUAUCUGGCUCUAAAAUAGACCAAUCUAUAGACCAUCCAAGCAGACAGGUGUUAUACUCAAAAUAUGCAGUGUAAAAUAAAUUUCAAUUUAAUUAAACUCUGAACUUAAACUCUAAUUAAACAUCUUAUAUUUAUUUUCAGACCACUUGAGAACUCAUAAACAUGCUCUUGUCGAGCUCUUGUAACUUAGUCUUUUGGCCUGAAAUGAUUAGUUGGAUGAAUGUACCUCACAGAGUCCAAUCAACUCAUUUGAACUCAGUUGAAACUCACUUGAAGCCGUCAUUUAGACAGUUUUUACAAAACAUAUAUGGACGUACAUUAUGUAUUAUUGAUCCAGUUGCGAUAAAUGUGACAUUUCACUCUUCUUAUCAGGGUUUAUUUAAGCCUACUCUUAAUUUUGAACCAGAGAAAUUCAAUCUUGCAUCGGUGUCCAAAGCCAUAUUGACGGUUGUUAAGAGCCAGAAUGCACCCAUAACUGAGGAGUUUGUUCAGUCCAGUCUGGGCGACGUGCUCCCUCAGAGUUUUGCUGAAGUUCUGGGCGUUCCAGACCAAGUUGACAGUACCAGCACAAAAAGACUGCAGGACUUGAUUAAUAAGGAGGUUGCAGAAAGUGUCAAGUCUGCCCUCUCCACUUCGGGGUCUGAACCAAGUCAGCAUAUCACUCCGCCACGCAGACUUAACACUAUGGUUAGUCAUGCCUCCAGGAUGUUGAAAGAAUUUGCGGCAAAAAUGAGAAAUGUGUACUCUUCUCGAUCACAGAGACAAAGGGCGGACGAAAUCUUUGAGCUGAAAGAUCUGAAACUAGUGGACACGGAUGAUGAGAUUCAGUCACAGACUACGAUAGUGGAAGCAUAUGCCACUGAGAAGGUCCCAUCAAGGGACAGCUCUAUGAAAGUGGCAUCUUCAGCUGUCCAGGAAAUACUCAGCAAGGAGCUGAGUAAAAUCAUGGAUCCCGUUUUGGAUGAUUUGCCAGACUCUGAAUAUGCAAAGCUGCAAUCUGCAACCUCUCGGGUUAUUGAUGAAGCUUCAGAUGACAUUGGUAAGACAACUGUUGAACUGAUUCAGAGUUUGAAGCAGACAGACACUGAACGUCCGAGUUCAGAACCUGACAAAAGCGACCAACUGCCUUUGGGGAGCAGGAUAAAUGCAUUUUUUGCAAGGUGCUUUCUGAAAACGUGCAUAGUUCGCCUUUUGGCACAGUUGAAGAGCAAAUUCAGCCCAGACAUAAACGUUGAAAGCAGCCCGUCGGUCGAGUCACUCGUGCUUUCUGUCGAGAAUCUGAUUCAGAAGAUAGGUGAAGAUCGUGACGAGCAAAGUAAUGAAAAUGAGGAUUCUCUUAUGUUGGGGUUACAAAACAUUUGCAGAGGUAAACAGCUGAUAUUCACAAAGGAACUAACUGACCUCCUCCACAAUCAUUUCACAGAUGGAAUGAUUCCCCAAAUUAUCCCAAAAGCAGUGACGACAAGAUCAAACAGGAUAAGGGUUAUGCCUGAAUCACAUGCUAACAUGUAUACUGAUAUAUGGAGCAAAGUAUGGAUUUUCAUGGUAGUGAUGAACUGGUGGUUGACAACGCAGCUUGACAGCCACUGUGAAAGGGUGACACGUGCUAUAAUGGACACUGUACCAUCGACAGUUGCUGCAGAGACUGUUUCAAAAACCGAAGUCACGUCUGACAAACAGGAUGCGACACUACAGAAAGAAAAGACAAAAAAAAUGUGUGUGAGGAUACUCGUUGAGAAGAUAAUUUGGCAGAUCAUCUACAAAAUCAAAAUGAUACCCUCAAACAAAGAUGACAUCAUUGAUCGUCUCUUUAAAAACACAUGGGCCGAAGUUAAAGAUGAAGAUUUAUAUAUCACCGCAAAAACUUUUAAGAACCUCCACAAGAUUAUUUUCAAGGACCUGUGUAAGCAGUGGGGCAGUGCAGAUAUUGUGCUGCUUUCACUAAAUUCAGAGAACAACGAUAUUCAAAAAUGUAUCGUCUCUACUGUCAAAUCUCGGCUAACAACACCACCGAAAGAACCCAGUGCUAUCUGCAAGUUCUUCUCCAGUUUGGGCAAAGUCAUCUAAGCCCUUCAGACGUAGAAAUGUUAUGGACAUUCUUAUUCUUCAAGCUUAAAUUUAGUAUUCAUUGAGGAGGGGAAAAUUUGAUUUUUUUCUGGCCCUGAGCCAUUAGGACUUGACUGUAGGGUUUACUCCGGGUGCUCCGGUUUCUUCCCACGGAUCUUCUAACCAUGAAGCAUGGACCUUAAAAUGCUUCCAUAAGCUGACUGGUUCAGGAGAAUACCUGACAUGGACAGAUAAAUUUCUGUCCAUGUCAGGUAUAUAGAAAAAAAACAAAACAACUUUUGCCCCAAAUUGAAGUGAUCUCCUUGUCUGAA